AUGAGUUUCUGGGAAGCCCGAGUCAAACAGAUCGACGAUCUGACCGCCUCCCUGCAGUCUCCGGAUGGCCUCAACCCAGACACUCGGGCUGCCGCCUUGGCCAGCGCGCGAAAGCUCCUGGAUGCCCUUGAGUCGCCAGCGGAACGGAUCAUGCGGGAUAUGGUCAUGUAUCCUGCCAUCUUGAUGGCGAUACGGAUGGGCGUCCAACUGGGAAUUUUCACUGGCAUCCGUCCAGAAGGAACAACCCUUGCCAAAAUUGCAGAGACGUCUGGUGCCGAUCCAAUUGUUAUCAACCAGGUUAUUCGCCCGCUUGUGGCGACAGGAUAUGUCCUGCAGGACGGACAGACAUUCAAACCGUCUGCUCUCACGACUGCCAUGGCGGGCUCAACCAUGCAGGCCACCGCACGAGCAUGCUUCGAUGUUGGAAAUAUGUGCACCGCCAAAGCCCCCGAGUUCUUCCGCAAGAACAACAACCAGUUCCCAGCCUCCAUCAACGAGACUCCCUUCCAGCUGGCGAUGGGCACGCAACUGCCCUUCUUCGGCUGGCUGGGCGAGAACCCAGCGCUGGCUGCUGAUUUCCACAGCUGGAUGGCCUGGAAGGAACAGGCCACGCUCAAGUGGACCGACUGGUUCGACAUCCAGACGCGGAUCCUGGACGGCUUCACCGAUGACGGCGUCCUCCUUGUCGAUGUCGCGGGCGGCGCGGGCCAGUAUCUGACCCAGUUCAGGGCACGAUUCCCGCAUCAACAGGGCCGUUUGGUCUUGCAGGAUCUGCCGCAGGUUGUGGCCAGUAUGACUGGCCUUCCUGGCGCAGAAUUACAGGAAUACGAUUUUUUCAAUCCUCAGCCUAUCCAAGGGGCUCGCGUCUACUUCCUCCACUGGGUGCUGCACGACUGGUCCGACGCACACUGCCGUUCCAUCCUGGCCAAUAUCGUCGCCGCCAUGAAGCCAGGAUACUCGCGGUUGAUCAUCCACGAGACCAUCCUGCCGGAAUCCGACUGCGACUUGAUGUCGGCGUCGAUGAGUGUGAUGAUGAUGGCCCUGGUCGCCGCGUUUGAGCGCUCCGAGGGCCAAUGGCGGGAAUUGCUCUCCUCGGUAGGCUUGACUGCCGUCACUUUCUUCCAACCACCGGGGAUGGGAGAAGGGAUCAUUGAAGCCAUCAAGCUGGUUGAGUAG